AUGGAUGCAGAGCUACGGUGCAACCGACUGACAUGUCGCAAGACUCUCAUUGACAAGGCAGUGGUGGUAAGCCCAUCACUUAUCCUACUUGAUUGUGCAAACGAAUUGUUCAAUGCCUCACGGUUAUGUCCUGCUUGUGAAACAUCAUUGACUGAACCAGACGACGUAGUUGUGUGCUCGUUACAUCCAACUAAUGACUACAAAACGUCUGUUCUUUCGGGCCUCAGUCCGUCCUUGAUCAUGGAAAUAUGCAGCCGGGCUCUAUCCUUUUGGCAGUAUCAGGUUCACCAAGAGAAUUCAUUCCAGCAAGCGGUUAUCCGCAACCUCAAUGACAAGCAAGCACAGUCACAGAAACAGCUAGACAAUGUCAUCAGAGAAGCGAAUGGUGAAAUCAGUCUUCUGAGCAACAAAGAGUUGGAACGCGACAUGGAACUGGAACGGCGAAAGGUUCAUGAGCUACAAGAUUCUUCGAGAGAACGCGAGAAGGAGUAUCAAAAACUCAAGGUUGCUCCGACAAUUUCCUCGAGGCGUUGA